AUGAGUCUUGUUGAUGACUGUUCUUCUGGUUCUAAACUUACCAUCGAUAAGAAUUGGAACUCUGUUCAACCAACAAAAGAGUGUACAAUAACUUUAUCAAAAAGUAUCAAUUCGCUAAAAUUAAAACAACAAAAAGAUGUUAGUGUAACUGUUAAAGAAGAUGAUACAAAACAAGAAAAAGAUGUUAUUAAGGCUAGUGGACAAGGAGAUGAUUCAAAACAACAAAGUGUGUCAGUAGAGAUGGAUAAUUCUGUUACUGUUUCAUUUAUUAAAGUCACUCAAGUUUCUGGUAAAUGUAAUUCUAAUUCAGCAUGUGUUUAUACAACACAAUCAGAUGAAAAUGUCAAGAUUGAUGGAGUAUCAUCAUAUAAAUGUGGUACGUACUAUCGUAUUGGAACUGUGAAUACAUGUGCUUGUUCAUUAAAAGAUAAUACAAAAUCAAUAACAAAGUCAAAUUUUAAUGAACUUGAUUGUCAAGAAUUUGAUGAUCUCAAAGAAUAUACACUAACUUUAACAACAGGACAAAAAUAUACACUUGAAGAAUCUCUGUCAUUUAAGUCAUUAACAGAUUCUGGUAAUAAUAUUGAAAUAACGGGUCAAACAAAAGAAAGUCCUGAAUUAACAUUACAAACAAUGAAAAUAGGAGAUUUAAAUCCAACUAAUAUGAAACUGACAGUAAUAGGUACAGUUACUUAUGAAGAAGAUAAAAAUGCACUGAAAUUAGCUUCAUCUCUUAUCAGCAAUAAUCUCAAAACAUCUUCUGAUAAUAAAAAAGUGUUUACUGCAACUUCUUCUACUGUUUCAUUUCCUUCAGUUUCAGUUUCAUCUUCUCGUUAUAUUAUAUUAAAAAAUAGCAAAAUCAAUGUUCAGAGUAUUACUGGAAGUUGUGAUAAUACAGAACUAAAUUAUUGUGAUUUCAUUGCAAGUGAUUCUCUUAACUCAAUUACGAUUAGUGAACAAACUACUUCACUUACUAAAUCAGUAAUUUCUACUGAUAAAGGACAAGUUGUUAGAGUGAUGAAAUCAGGAGAAAUGAAUACUACAAUUGUAUGUUCAAUUGAUAAAAAAGAAAGUAAUUUAUUUGAUGAACAAUUCACUGCUGUAGAAUGUCCAUGUUCACUUGGUAACGGCAAUAGUAAUACUAUUUGUGUUUAUAAUAUUCCAUCAACAACUAAUUCAGUUACGUUAAAAGGAAGAAAUGAAUUAAAAGAAAAGUUAAUAAUUGAGUCAAAUUCAAAUACUAUUGAUAUUAAAGAUGUCACUAAAAUAACAAAUAUUCAAGAUAAUUCAAAUACAAACACAAUUUCAUUGAAUGGAGCUAGUGGAGUAACAUCUAUUUAUAUUGGAGGAACUGUGAAUAAAGUUAUAUCUAAAUUACCAUUGAUAACAACUGGUUCAUUUAGUGCAUAUUCAGUAGAUAAGAGUAUUAGUACUAGUUUUGAAUUGAAACUAAAAGAGUUUGAGUAUGGAGAUAAAGAUAGAAUAAUUACUAUUACGAAAGAAAACACAAAAGAAAAAUCAGUUGAAAUUACUAUUGAAACUAUGAAAGUGAAAUCAACUUUACUUUCAAUAAUUAAUAAUGGAAAUCAAUAUUCUCUUAAAUUAACUAAUUUUAACAUUGAUUCAUCAUUUCAUCCAGAUGUUUCAGCACUAUUACUUGAUGGAUUAACUAAUCAUAUUACAUUUACUGAUAAUAAUAUUGUUUCAUGUGAUGGAAAUAUGUUAUUUACUUCAAAAUUAAGUGACGAAGAAAGUAAAACAAUAUUUACCAACAAAGAUUAUCAUUACUAA